AUGAACUCCACGCGCUGGGCCACGCUCACCGAGUUCGUCAAGUUCCUCGGGCGCGAGGGGUACUGCAAGUUCGAGGACACGCCCAAGGGGUGGUUCAUGACCUACAUCGACCGUGACUCGGAGCAGGCCGUCAAGGACCGCCUCAAGCGCAAGAGGAUCAAGCCGGACAUGGCUGAGGACGAGCGCCAGGAGCGCAUGAUCGCCCGCCAGAUUGAGCGUGCGCACAAGUCCUUAGCCAAACCCGAUGAUGGUGAUGCUGCCGAGGACGAGCCUGAGUCCGGCAGUGAAGGAGAGUAUUCAGGUUCAGAUGAUGAUGGGGAGGAGCGGGAGGAUGGCUCGAAAGAGGCAAGCAAGGCAACUGGGAAGAUUGCAAUUGCGCUUCAGAAGGCUGUGCCAGCAAAGGCAAGGAGGUCAGCAUUGGACGAGCUGAUGAAGGAGGAGGAGAAGGCCAAGGAGAGGAGCGAUAGGAAGGACUACUGGCUGUGCCCUGGGAUUGUGGUCAAGGUGAUGAGCAAGUCAUUGGCAGAGAAGGGGUACUACAAGCAGAAAGGGGUGGUGAAGAAAGUUAUCGAUAAAUAUGUUGGGGAGAUUGAGAUGUUGGAGAGCAAGCAUGUUCUCAGGGUCGACCAAGAUGAGCUUGAUACCGUGAUCCCUCAGAUUGGCUGA